AUGAGUCGUGCAAGUAAGAUAACAUUUGCACUUACGUGUGUAUUCACAAUUACGACUACGGUCGGUGUUCAUUAUGUUCAAGGGAUGGAAAGAGAUACUCUUCAUCAAGGUCCAAUAAAGGAUGCCAAGCGUGUUGCUGAAAAGAAGCGACUCAAAGAGUCGGGAUUAGAUCCGGCAAAGGAGAAGAAAAGAAUGUUCAAUCAGAGCGAACAUGAAUUGCAAAAGGAAUUGAAGAAACAGUAUGAACAACAGCAGCCGUUAUCAGGGGAGGUUGUUACGAAGGAUGGAGAAGUGGUUAAGGAAGCCGAUAAAGCUCGAACUUAA